AUGUAUCGCACCAGACUCAGGCUGGGGGUGUCGAACCCGUACGAUGUCCUCCUCGACCUCCUCCACAUUCUCUGGGUCGCGGCAGUCAGUUUCAACGAAACCGGCACAUUCAGACAACACGUCAAAAGGUGCAAAUGGCCCGACGCAGCUGUAGCGCUCCAGCGCCGCAGCAGUGAGCAACAUGCGCAAGUCAACCACGUCCUGCUGGUCGCAGACCCUCAGCUGUUGGAUUCUCAGUCGUACCCUGGGCGCAACCCAUGGUUAGUAUGGCUGAGCCAGCUUAUGGUCGACCUGAAUAUGCGCAAGAGCUGGCGGGCUUCUCUCGCUCUACAUCCGGACGCGGUGGUCUUUCUCGGGGACAUGAUGGAUAAUGGCCGCAUGGAUCAAUCAGACGAUGAGUACGAAAGAUACUUCCAGAGAUUCCGCCAGGUCUUCCGAACCGACGAACCAGUGCCAACCCAAUACAUUCCUGGUAACCAUGACGUCGGGCUCGGAGCCUCAACUCGUUUCUCUCAAGACGCCGCAGAGCGAUAUGUGUCGCAUUUUGGCCCUCUCAAUCAGCUCGUCGAGCUUGGGGACCAUACAUUUGUGCUCAUAGACGCUCCUGGACUUGUAGCGGAAGAGGGCAUGCGCCUGAGGAGCGGACGAAGCUACUCUCAGUGGGUGGACGUGAGUCCGACUGGCGUGAUCGCGUUCAUACAUUCGUUGGCCGUUCAUGAGGAUGCGAAGCCUCGAGUGCUGUUUACACAUAUCCCGCUCGCGCGCCCCGAGGAUGCGCCUUGUGGGCCGUUGCGUGAACGGGGUACGAUCCACCAAGGCAAGGGGUUUGGGUACCAAAACACGCUCGCACCGCACACGACUGAGUUCGUGUUGCAGCACGUGCGACCUUCGCUUGUGUUCAGCGGUGACGACCAUGAUUAUUGUGAUUACACGCAUACAUACGGCUCCUCCGAUGUCGAGGACACUCCGAGUACAGGUACUGUCCAGGAGAUCACCGUGAAGUCGUUUUCUAUGGCGAUGGGCAUCCGCCAGCCGGGGUUCCAGCUCCUCUCCGUAGGCACACCUCCCUCAAACUUCACCUCAUCGCUCGCGACGGUUCCAUGCCUCCUCCCGGACCAACUAGGCAUCUACAUCAACGUCUAUGUACCCCUCUUCGUCUUCAGCGUUGCCCUGCUCCUCGCAUCCAACAUCCACCGCGUGCGCACACGCGGCCGCUACGUCAACUGGGUGGCCCUGCCCCGCUGGUGCCAGUGCCUGCGGGUGUCCGUGAGGUUCGUGCUCUUCGGCAGGAGGAUGACUCUGCGGCUGCCUUCGAUCAGCGAGCAGCCGUGCGACGGCGAUGACGUGGAGCUAGGGGGGAACAGGCCCUCGGUAGGAAGAGGCAGCACUGUGCGUGCAGGCGGUGCGUUGGGCGGUGCAGUGAGGGAUGUUGUGAAUGUGGCCUGGAUGCCGCUCUUGCUUUUCGUUGGGCUUGCUUGGUGGGUUUUCUAG